UAAUCGGUGGGUUACCAUUACCAUUACCAUAGGGAAUCUAGUUGGACGUUGACUAGCUAGUGUUACGGAGAGUUAUGUCACGUUUUAAGUAUAAAGCAUGCAACAUUUUCAUGAAGAAUUCGAUACGUAUCGGCUGCAAAUAGUUAUGUACUGACUCGUAUAGUAGUAUCGAAGUCUGAGUCCGAUUUAGGUCGAUCUAUGUUACAAAACAGUUGAACAUUUUGUGGAAGAUUUUGAAACAUAUAUUCACGGAGUACAUUCUGUUCCAUCUUAUAUCAUAAAAUUUGUGUAUAAAAUAGAACAAUCAAUAACAACUAUGGUAUUCAAAAUUGAGGGUUUCGAAGGAUGUUUCAGAAUGACUUUUCAUACUGAUCAUUAUCAUUCACUAAUAAUAUUAAAAAAGGCGAAUGAAAACCGUAAACAAAUUGAUGUUAAAAUUGCUAAAGGAAAAGUAACUAGACUUGAUAUGAUGGAACAAUUAAAAUUUGAAUUAAAAAUAUUCGAUAUUUUCCUCAAGAUAAUUGAUUGUAAAAAGAAAGAAAAUGAAUGCUGUGCAGUGAUCAAUAAAGCUAUUUUAACUAUAGGCAAACGUAUCAAUAGUAUGUGGAAUACUAUAUUUUUACUUUUCACCGUUAAUGAUGAACUUGAAACAAAAAUUUUAGACUCUGCGUAUAAAUUUAAGAUGCCUAUUUGCACCAACUGCAAUAGUUGUAAUAUGACAAUCGAAAGUAUCAUUAAGAGUAUUGAGAUGAUUKCAAUUCAAGAAGAUAUAAUUUUUAAUUUUUCUUCGUGUGAUUUUAUCAAGAUUCUUCAAACAACAGCGUUUGUAGAUAAAACAUUGAUGAUAAAAGAAGUAUUUCAAAAUGAGGAAAUCAAAGGAACAGUAGUCACGGCACCUCGCAAGUAUGGAAAAUCAACAAAUCUAACUAUGCUUAAAUACUUCUUGGAAAUCCAGGUGAACUCUGGGGGAAUACCUCUAACAAAGGCCAAAGCUGAGAAACCAAUUAGAGACACGAGUAAUUACAAAUUAUUUAAAGGACUUAAAAUAAGCAAAGAGUCUAAUAUAAUGGAUAAGCAUUUUGGAAAAUACCCAGUUUUGUAUGUAAAUUUUAAAACAGAAAUGAAUAUAAAAUCAUAUGCUUGUGUUGUUCAAGGAUGCAGCGAAAUACUUCACAAAGCUUUUCAAUCGCAUAAUUAUUUACAAAGAAGUUCUAAAUUGAGUAUGAAACAGAGAGAAUUAUGUAAAUUAUGGUGUGGUAAUGCAAGUUACAAGGAUGUUGAGGAUUUCAGCCACAUUGUUAAUAGUCUUGGUUUAUUGUGUGCAUUUAUAAGAAAUCAUUUUAAUAAGCGAUGUUUUGUUCUAAUUGAUGACCUYGACAUUUUUACAAAUAUAGUUUCUAUAUCAGAGACUUUAUUGGAAGAUUAUAAACUUAUUAUUAUAUUUUUGAAGAAAUUUUUGUUGUUUUUAGAAAACGAUCUAUUAGUUUUUAAAGCGUUUGUGACUGGGAAAUCUGGUAAUGCUAUUUCUUGUAUAGUUCCUUCAUACAUGAAAAUACAAUCGUUCWUUAAUUGUCAUAAUUUUACCGAUUAUUAUGGAUUAACUGAAAAUGAGUUGGAAUAUCUUUUCAAAAAAAAGGAAUUUAAAAAUGUUUCAGCUACAAUAAACGAAGUAAAAGCUUAUUAUGGUUCAUAUUGUAAAAUUGAUGAACUUACAAAAAUAAAGAAGAAUAUAUAUAGCAUAUGGUCAAUUUUAAAUGUUUUAAAAUGUAAAAAAAUUGACAACUAUUGGCGAGACUUUGGAAAUUUUUUUUGUAGCUUUUCGAAUCCAGAUAUUAAAAAUAUAAUAGAAAAACUGCUAAAUAAUGAUCUGACGGUGGUUGUAAUGUUCAAUAAUCAUGAAUCAGAAACUCAUCCAAUCUCCCCUCAUAUUAUUCAAACAUCUGAAACCUUUAAGGACAAUGUUAUGGAAUAUUAUUUCAAUAUCUUGUUAGACUUAGGUUAUCUAACUUGUUAUUCAACUACAACAUUGGUUUCAGGAUCAAAAAACCUAAAACAUUGUUUAGGAAAAGUAAAAAUACCAAAUCAGGAAGUUAAAGAUGAUAUUGUAAAUAAAAUAUCAUUGCUAUCAUAAAAUCAUACUUAGACACUUAGUUAUUUAAUCUAAUA